AUGUUCGCCGUGUCGCCGCCAACCUUCGAUGGUGAAGAUGAUGUUUGCAUGCUGCCAUUGAUCGGCGUGCACGAUAGUGUUAUCGCGAAAGAGGUCACCUUUGGUGAGUACUUGCCGCCACCGGAGCUCCCGUACGCGGACUUUGCGCUGCUUGACCUGCCCGAAAACCGAACACUCCUACAAAGGACACCGUUACGCAAUGCCUGUCCGGAGCAACCGGAAGUCCUCGGACCGAAACACCGAGCCAAUCCAGUGGCACUUCGUUGCGAAAACUGCGCGCUUCGCUUCCAGUGCAGAUCGCACUUGGCCCGCCACCAAUCGGUGCACCAUCGAAAGGAACUCGCAAGCCGUACGUCCCUCAAGCAACGAUUAAGAGGCGUUAAUCAGCAUCCGAAAGGAUCCGUGUGUGACAUAUGCCUAACGACAUUCCACGGCGCGGCCACCCUCGAAUGGCAUCGAAAGUUUCAUCUGGCCGGACAAGAACCGAUCGAAGCGAUCGAAGCGUAUACUUGUGAUGUUUGCCGUAAACGGUGUACCAGCUCCAGCCAUUUGCAUCUCCACCGGAAGGUUCAUUUGGAGCAGAAACCGUACGCCUGUGGCCACUGUGAGCGAAGAUUCUCGUCCUCCGGCAACCGUCAGAAGCACGUGACGCGGGUUCAUACGCACGAACGAAAGUAUCGUUGUGGGAUGUGUGACAAAACGUUCAUCUAUCCACGCCAACUGAAGCUGCACGGACAACGGGAGCACCGAUCGUGUGGUCAAUCCGUGGGUGUUAUAGUAACGUGUGAAGAGCAACGCGCUUUUGAAUGCUCGCAGUGCGCGAAGCGGUUCAAGCAAGCAACGCACCUACGGAAUCAUCUCCUAACGCACACCGGGGUUCGAGCUCAUGGGUGUGAAUUUUGCUCGAAACGAUUUGCUAUGGCCGGCGAUCUACGGAUACACCGGCGGAUCCACACGAAGGAAAAACCGUUCCGCUGUGACCGGUGCCCGGCUGCGUUCAUCAUGGGCAAACAGUUAAACAAACACCGGGCAGUGGUACACGGGACGGCAAAGACUUGAAGCCACGCGAUAGGACCUCUACCAGACAAUAAGCGCAACAUAGUGUUAAUUCCGGUUUUGUUUUAGACGCAUACUUUAUGGCAUUUAACGCUACGCGCAAAGUUAGCAUUAAAAACUACAGUUUGCUGUGAUUUGUUCAUCAACUUAGCGGCCGCGCUGUGUGUCGUUUUUGUCUUAUCGCAUUCAUAAGUCGGUCAUCCGAUAAACGUGAUGACACGCACUGACUUAUCCAAGCAACAAAAUAACACCAACUACACACUGUCCCUGUGAGAAGCCGUUGCGCGGUUGCAAAGGUUCAGAGAUCGAGAAGAUCGGCGGGUCAGUGUCCUCUGGCCUGCGACCACAUGUUUGCAAUUGCAACAGUGCAACACACUUCCCUGAAGCACCGCAGAAUCGCAACGGAUGUGCAUUCAACGGAGCUAUUUAUAAACCCUCAGUUAGGGAGCAACAACAGAGUAGGCGAAAUUCAGCCAGGCCUCCAAAAAGGAUCUGUUAAAGUCUGCACAAUUUGCCAAUUAGCCAAUUAACCUUAAAUAGGCCACAACCCGUACUCGUUAUAGUCCCGAAAAUAGGUAAAGAAUCGGAAAAUCAGGGUUUU